CGUCUACAGAACCUCCGCUUUGUCACUGUUGCUUCGCUCCUCAGCCGACUCCCCGGUGGCCGCCAACUGAUAGCAUCUCCCUGUGCACUUAACGAUGUCGGCGUUCUAUCGACUCCCCGCGGCGCUGCUCAUUCUUGCCGUGGUCUUCUCCCCCUCCGCUCUUGCACAGGUCAAUCAAUCAAAGAACACACACUGCCAGUCCAGUUGCAUAUGGAUGCAAUGCAUGUGUAUCUCCUGCUGUGGCCGCAGGUCGCGGACGUUAGCAGCACCGCAGCGGAACUGCCCUUUUUUUCGGUGGUCGGGAUAGUGUCCAACAAGAGUGUGCGGUUCCGCAUGGACAACUGCGGGCCGGGGGACGUGACCUUCAGCGCCAUCGAUGGGAACAAUGACACCGUGCACUUAUUUCUUGAUGAGCAACUCAUGACACACGUGCCCUUCGGCGACUCUAAGGAGCUAACGCUCAAGUGGACGGCAGAUGGUGACACCGAGCUGCUGAGUCUGACGCUCUUCGGCGACUUCUCAUCGGAUCAGCCCGACCCGUCGAUUCGUGAAGGAGAAUGCGUCCCGGAGUGUGCACUGCUGGAAGCAAAGGCCCUUGGGGGCAUGCUUCACCUGAAGAUGGGCAGCAACGUCUUCCCGUAAGUAACCUGCACACGCUGCAUCCCAUCCUGGCUGACAUUCAUUCACACACUGGGUUUCUGGUUUCUGUCUGUGUGUAGGUAUGAUCUCGUCAACUUGGUCGAGCGCAACGGCGAGGAGCUGCCCAACUCUGGGAUAGUCAUUCCCAAGUACGGGUCGACAGACCAGCCGCAGCUGGAGUUCCUCGAGAUGAUGAACGAAGGUGACGACCUGUAUGCGGCGCUUAUGCCCAAGGACGACAAGGAUGGCACUGGGCCGCUGAUUUUCGCGGCCUUCCAGAAUUGGCGGUCGGAUUGCUCUCGACGACGCAUGUUGAGAGCUCAGGGGAAUGCGGUCAUCGACAGAAAGAUCGGGCCGACGCGCUAGGCUGGGCGUUGGAGUGAGCACGCCACUCAGGAAAAG